ACCAGACAGUAGAAAAGGUUGACAGAGAUUUAUCAGAUCACGCCAUCGUAGUAGCAACUCUCUCCUCAUCAACUAUUAAACCGUCCUUUACUCAACGUACUGCAAUGAAAAAGCUAGUCUUUCGAUACGACGAAAUGUCCGAAGACGCAUGGUCUGCCUUUGGAGCUUCA